AUGGCAGGACCAAGCAGACUGCUGUAUCACUGCCUCUGCAUCCUGCUGGUAGUGGCCGGCUUGGUUUACUUGGUCGAGGGACAGCAAGACUAUUCAUGUUCUCCAGAGAGGCCUUGCAAGCUGGGGUGCUGCGGUAAGAACAAUGUAUGCGGCAUGGGCCCUUCCUACUGCGCCCCUGCGAACUGCACGUCCGGCUGUGACGCAAAGAGCGAAUGCGACCCGGGAUGGGGCUCCCAAUGGAGCACCCGGGAGAAGUGCCCGCUCAAUGUGUGCUGUUCUGAGUUCGGGUUCUGUGGGACGACUGAGGACUUCUGCGGCGACAAGAAGGUCAAGAAACCGAGCUGUAAGGGCGGCACCAGCGCCGCCAGCAAAGUGAUUGGGUACUACGAAGGCUGGUCAACCAGCAAGGGCUGCAAAGGACUUAACCCGGAGGACCUGUUGUCCGGGGCAUACACCCAUCUGAACUACGCUUUUGCCUUUAUUGAUCCUACCACAUACAAGAUCGCCAAUAUGCAGGAUUCCGAUGAGAGAUACAUGCCACGUCUCACGGGCUUGAAGGACUACAACCCCGGGCUAGAAGUUUGGAUUGCUAUUGGAGGAUGGAGCAUGAACGAUCCUGAUCAGCCCACAGCGCGGACUUUCUCCGAGCUGGCGGCAUCGAAGUCGCACCAGGACGCUUUCUUUGAGUCCCUUUUGUCCUUCAUGGACAAGUACGGAUUCGACGGAGUCGACAUCGACUGGGAAUACCCUGUGGCUGAAGAGCGUUCAGGAAAGCCGGAAGACUUUGACAACUAUGUGACUUUCCUCAAGAACCUCCGCGGCGUGCUAGGGAACCGGGGUCUCACCAUCACGCUGCCGGCCUCGUUUUGGUACCUGCAGCACUUCGACAUCAAGAAUAUGGAGCCUAUCCUGGACUGGUUCAACAUCAUGAGCUACGACCUGCACGGGACGUGGGACGGGACGAACCCGUACUUGGGGCCGUACAUCAACUCGCACACCAACCUGACCGAGGUGGACCUGGCCAUGGACCUCCUGUGGCGCAACGACAUCGACCCCAAGAAGGUGGUCAUGGGCAUGGGCUUCUACGGGCGCAGCUUCACCCUGUCGGACCCGUCGUGCAAGACGCCCGGCUGCGGCUUCUCGGCGGGCGGCAACCCAGGCAAGUGCUCGGCGUCGGCGGGCAGCCUGAUGUUCUCGGAGAUCAAGGAGAUUGUGGAUGCGGGGGCGGACGUGGUGCACGACAAGGAGGCCGGGGUGAAGAUGGUGACAUGGGACACGAACCAGUGGGUCUCGUACGACGACGAGGAGACGCUGCAGGCCAAGAUGGACUUUGCCAACGAGCUGUGCCUGGGGGGCGUCAUGGUGUGGGCCGCGUCGACGGACGACAAUCAGGGCACGGCGAUCCGGGCGCUAGCCAAGGCGGCGGGCAAGACGGAUCUGUCCGUGUCGGCACUGGCGGCGACGGCCAAGAACGACCCGAGCCAGUGCGUGUGGGGCGAGUGCGGGGCCAACUGCCCCUCGGGCCUGGUCCCGGUCUCCGAGUCGUCGGGCAACAAGAACCCGCUCGGCAUCGAGCUCGGCUGCACCGAGGGCAAGCGCAACUUCUGCUGCCCGUCCAAGGACCCGCCCACGUGCAAAUGGAAGGGCAGCCCCAAGUUCUGCGGCAUGCUCCCCAGCAACCAGUGCAGCGACGACGAGAUCGAGGUCUCGGCCAGCACCGACGGCUGCUGGACUGGCCACAAGUCGCUCUGCUGCACCAAGAAGGCCUCGACCGACGUGCUCGACGCCUGCAAGUGGUUCGGCGCCGCCCCCAUCUGCACCCUCAAGUCCUUUGUCCCCUCGCUGUUCGGUCCGCUCGGAGGCGCCUUCUCCUUCCAGUCGUACGGCUGCGGCGACGACAGCAGCAGGCCCAAGGAACUCACAAAGGCAAAGCAGGGCCAAGGAGGCCAGCAAAGCUGCUCCUACAACGGAGGGUUCAAGAGUUUGUGCUGCAAAGACCCAGUCCCAUGGACGGGUUGCAAAUGGCGGGCUGGAAGCACCACAUGGGUGCAGUGGGAAAAACUGCUCGUCGGGCCCAUUGGAAACCUCUUCUUUGACUUCUCGACGGAAUGCAAGACGGGCUGCGAGCCCGGGGAGACGACCGUAGCCACGGAUGGCUGGGGCUGCCGGUCGGGCACCUACUCCUACUUCUGCUGCUCUGAUCCAAACAAGCCAGCCGUGCCUGAAGUGCCUGAUGUUAAGCUCUGCUACGGACCCAGCCACCUCGAGCAGCUCGAGAGCGGCCCAGAGGAAGAAAGCAACCUUCCCAACGUUUUCGAGGAGGAGCACAGAUUCGACGGAGAAUGCGGGACCGCAGAUACCACGCGCCUCCUCCGAGGGAGAGACCAGGGCGUCGAUUCUUCAAACUCAUCCAUGGCAUUCCUGGCGAGGAGGGCAACGGGCGAAGAGCUGGCCUACAUGGAGACAUCCGAGCUCCUCGGCACCCGUGAUCUGGCCAAACGUGGCGCUCGGGAACGAGUCGCCAUGGCGCUGUGCGGUCCUCAGGGCCAGAAGUCGAGCAUCUGGGUGCAGUCGCACCCGGGCGCGUCGAGCAUCAUCCGGACGACAGGCAAGGCGUGGACGGUGGCGCAGCAGGGCCUUUGUGCGGCCGUGGGCUUGACGGGUCUGAGCACGCUGGCGCCCUCGACGGACUGGGUGACGGAGCACGUGCUGGAGAAGCAGGAGUUCCGCAACGCGCUCGAGUACAUGGCGGCCGGCAAGACGCCUGCGGGCACCGCGCUCCGGGCCGGCACCGUGCCGUUCGCCCAGGUCUUCGGCGCCAACGGCAUCUUCCAGCAGAACUGGCCGAGCGCCACCUACACGAGCCUGCAGUUCACGCACAAUUGGGUCGGCAACAUCAACGACUUCUUCACCGGCCUGCUGGGCCGCACCGCCGAUGCGGGCCUGUCGAACCGCUUCAUCGAGAAUCUGCAGGUCUGCGACCGCGACUUCAACGUGUACAAGGAGUACAUGGUCGCGGGGCUGGACUUUGUGUCGCGGUCCAACUGGAACGGCUACAACGCCCAGGACCGCAACCUUGUCGUGGCUGCCUUCUCGUCGACCUACACCAACAUUGCCACCCUGUUCGGCGACCUCACCCGCUACGCCGCGACCCAAGGCAUCACCUACGACUUCCAGGACGCCUGGGAACAGAUCAUGCCCGACUACCUCGCCUGGCAGGUGGACAAGAUCCGCGACACGUUCGGGACGUACGUUAGCGAGGAGCUCCUCUACUGGGCCAGUCCUGUCGCCGCACUUACACACUCCCCCACCGUUAUCACGGCCAUGACCAACACACUUACCGACCUCCAGACUAAUGCCAACACAUAUCUGUCACUUCAGAUUGCGGCCAUGACGCCCUAG